AAUGUUUCAACGUAGUUCCUGACAAGAUUUCAAGUAGUCCACACGUCCUAUUUCUAUCUCAAAUUAUAUUUUUUCAAUGUUGGGCGUUUUAAUAAUUAUCUCUUCAAUCGCUACUUUAAUUUACUUGAAGCUAAUUCAAAGACCUCCGAACUUUCCCCCUGGACCACGGGGCAUUCCCAUACUUGGAAAUUUACUACAAAUUGGGCAGUCCCCAUUUCUAAAAUUCCAAAAUGAAUGGAAGGCGAAAUAUGGACCAAUUAUUGGACUGUACUUUGGCAGCUUUCGAACGGUGGCCAUCAGUGACUACAGAAUGAUCCGACAGGCACUUUUAGAUCCACUUUUGUCCGGAAGGCCGGAUAUGCUAAUGUGGCACGUAAGAUCCAGAGAUACUCAGGGCAGAGGUAUCUUGUUCACCCAAGGGGAAGAGCACACAGAACAACGACGCAUAGCUUUGAAGUCAUUGAAAGAUUUUGGCUACGGAAUGAAAUCGUUUGAAAACAUUGUAACUGCGGAAAUUUCGUCAUUUUUACUCAGAAUGGAGAACAGUGUUGGAGUGCCAAUUUACCUGAAAAAUAAGUUUCAUGUACCUCUCUUGAGUAUUUUAUGGCAUGUCGUGGCAGGUCGUGACUGUGAAGAAGAUAAACACACUCUGUACGAAAUUUUCUCAAAGUCCACAAAAAUAAUGGAGGAAAAUAAUGGCCUUUCUGCCCUGUUCAUGUUCAUUCCUUGGUUGUGCAAAUAUUUUCCAGCCAUUUCAGGAUACGAUAAACUCAACUCCGAACUGGAAGAUAUUUGGGCAUUUUUACAAACUCAUAUUGAUGAUCACAAAAGAGACCACGUAAACAGCCCCCUGACAUUCCAUGAUUUUAUUGGUGCCUACAUACAUGAAAUGGAAAAGACGACGGAUCCGACUUCUUCCUUCUUCAAACGUGCUGGAGAUAGAGGCUUGAUGUCAUCGCUGAUCGACCUCUUCUUUGCUGGGACUGACACGCUAGCAGGCACACUACAUUGGAGCAUGCUCAUCUUUGCCAAAUAUCCAGAAAUACAGCAGAAAUUUGCAGAUGAAAUUGAAAACGUUAUCGGCACUCGGACUCCUGAGCAGAACGAUGAGCCCAACAUGCCCUACACUCAAGCUUUGAUAAAUGAAAUUCUUCGCUACACGUCAAUCGCUCCUUUGGCAAUUUUCCAUAAUGCGAUGCAAGAUGUACGAUUUCAUGGAUACGACAUCCAGAAGGACACGAUGGUGCUUCUCAACCUACACGGCGCACAUCACGACAAAAAUUAUUGGGGUGACCCUGAGAAAAUUCGACCGGAACGGUUUUUGGCCGCGGAUGGAACCACGCCCGUCAAACAUGAGGCAUUUCUUGCGUUUGGAGCAGGAAAAAGACUGUGUGUAGGAGAAGCAAUGGGACGAAAAGAACUCUUCUUAUUUCUCACCAGCAUUGUACAAAAUUUUAGGAUUUCUACCGACCCUGACAAUCCAAAUCCAAAUUUGGACCCCACCGUAUCGUUUAUCCUAAUGCCGCCGAAUCAUAGGAUGAUUUUUGAGAAACGGGUCACCAACGUAUAACAUAAUGUGAACGCUAACAUUAAUAAAUCGUGCGGACCACGUUCUUAGGUUAACGUAAAUAUACCUUUGCCUACAUAAAAGUAUACACGUGUAAUUGACAUUGAGAGUAUUUACUAAAAAGACAAAUAAAUGUUUCAUUUCGGAAAAAUAA